AUGGACGCUUCCGAACUCGAGCUAUACAAGACGCAGCUUGCACAAGCAACAACAGCGCUCAAAUCGGAUCCAGACAAUGCAGAUCUGCAAAACCUCAAAAGCGAGCUCGAGAAUCUGAUCAGCCUGACCCAAUCUCUUGUCGAGUCCACCACCGAUGUUACAUCUCAAGCGCAGCAUGCAGGAGCAUCACAACCAGCACCACGAUUGCAGCAGGUGAGACGAAAAGGAAGGGAGAAGGCGCAAUUCACAACAGGUCAAGAAGUGCUAGCUCGGUACUCAGCAGAUCGAGAGUUCUAUCCAGCACGUAUUGUAGCGGUUGCAGGAGAUCCAGCAAGUCCAACCUACACAGUGGUGUACAAGGGAUAUGGUAAUACAGACAUGGUUAAAGCCUCGGCGCUGAAGCCAAUUGAACCGGUCUCUGAACCUCACCAGCCUCCUUCACCAGCCUCCUCUUCAGGCCAUCCUGCUCCGCCCCCUCCUCCUUCGUCCUCAACGUCAGACCCUCCUCCUCCUCCUCCACCAGCAGAUAUGUCGUCAACCCCGUCAUUCGGCCCCACACUACCAUCAGACCUUGCACCACACCCACCGGCAUCACCUCCUCCACCUCCGCCUCCAACCUCAUCUUCACAACCCCCCACAGCACCACCAAUGGACGACAAACAGCGCAAAAAGUAUCGCAACGAGAAGAAACUCGCUCGUCGUGAAGAAAAGUUGGCAAUCCAAUCCUCCAAAGCAGCAUCAUGGCAAAAAUUCGCAAACAAGAAACUCAAACCUAUCUCGCAAUCCAUCUUUCACACACCCGAAAGCGAUCCUUAUGCUAGAGUUGGCGUCACGAAAUCUUCAUCCUCUUCUUCUUUAGGCAAAGGUCGAGAUAGAUUAGGAUGA